AUGGAGACCCAGAGGGCCAGCCUCGCCUUGGGGCGGUGGUCACUGUGGCUACUGCUGCUGGGACUAGUGGUGCCCUCGGCCAGCGCCCAGGCCCUCAGCUACAGGGAAGCUGUGUUUCGUGCUUUGGAUCAGCUCAACGAGCGGUCCUUAGAAGCUAAUCUCUACCGCCUCCUGGAGCUGGACCCGCCUCCCAAGGCCGACGAGAACCUGGACACCCCAAAGCCUGUGAGCUUCACGGUGAAGGAGACCGUGUGCCCCAGGACGACCCAGCAGCCCCCGGAACACUGUGACUUCAAGGAGAAUGGGCUGGUGAAAGAGUGUGUGGGGACAGUCACGCUGGCUCAGGUCAGGGACAACUUUGAUAUCACUUGCACUGUGGUGAAGAGCGUGGGGCUGAUUGGGAUGGAGUCACUGCAGAGGGGAUGA